ACUAUAUAAUGUGUGUGUGUGGUGGAUUCAAUGAAAGUGAAAGCAAACUUUUGAUGGACAAAAAUACAUAAAUAAGUGCACAAAAUAAGCAUGUCUAGUGAGUUUUAACGGGAACUUGAGUAGGCAAAUACAAUAAAAUAAAGACUCAAAAAUAUUUGUAAUACAAAAAACUAAAGUAAAUAGCCAGAAAAUAUUAUAUAUAAAUAUUAUACAUUUAAUCAAAAAAUAGCACGUGUAGCCAAAACUGCCUUCUCAUUUACGUUUUAUGAGACGAAGCAUCUUGUGGGUGCAGACCGGGUUUAUCAACAUCUGAUACGUAUCGUUUUACAUAACGCAAUUGUACCAUUAUGAUUUAUCUACUCGUUUAUAGCUGCACAUUACUCCUACUCAAACAUACAAGUGGUUCCAGAACGCUUCUGCGCGCGUCCCCUAACUGGUUUAUUGCAUUUUAUCUAAAGUUUCAAAACGCAUUUUAAUUGCUACAGCCGAUUUUAUGUACCAGUGCCUUAAGUUGUGUAUUUCCUCUAUUGCAUGGCAAAACUACAUUAAAUAUCACUUUGCACCAUUAUUCCUCUCAAAACCUUCCAUGGAUAUACUUCCAAAUUGCGUCGUCUCACUCACGCUUCAUAAAACCUUUUGUGCUCUUUCAACAUUGUGAAAAUAAUCGCGGAUAACGGUUUCCUUCCCUUUUCAAAAGAACUCAUAUAUAAACACCAUUAAGCGUCGUUACAAGGCUUGAUUUGCGAGGAAUGGAUUUACCUGAACUUUAUGAUAUCGCAUGAGAGCCCCAUUAAGAUAGCAGAGAAAGUGCCAUUAUUGUCAUUUGAAGAGGCCCGUGUAAACACAGCACUAGGCUAUGUCAUGCAGUCUCCACUCCAAUGUUGCUUGAACAUAAUAAAAAUGUUUCAAUUUUUUAUAGGCUAAAUGUAAAAGAUCGGGUGAUUCAUCCGUUAGCCUAAUCUUAAUACAAUUUAAAAUGCAACACAUUUUAUGUUAAAGGAUGAAAGUUGAUUUUGCUGAAGCCUAAUGCUCCCCUUCUAUUAAAAAAACUUUGAAUUUUUUUAAAACUGACGAAAAAUACAUAAAACAUAACGCUUAAGUCUAUUCAAAUUGAAAAUGAUUGAUUGUUUUGGAUGCGUUUUUAGCAUAGAAGACUUGGGGAAAUUCCAAUCACUUUUUUACGCUGCCCGUUUCUCUCUGAGUCUGACCUCUCCAAACAGCCCGGUGCGCGCAUGCACGUUACGCACACACCUCUAACUAAUCGAGUUUUGUUUUCUCUCCAUGUUAAUUCGUUUACACCGAACAGCUCGUUUUAUUUAACCACGAGGACUUUAGUUUAAUGGACCGUGGGCGGGUGUGCUUAAUGGAAGGUAAGCUUGGUUGAAGACAACAGGGAUGUAGCUUAUGUGUGUAAUGAUUGCCCUUGCAACCAGUAUUCAUAUUUUACGUGACAAAUACAAAUACCUCUCUUAAAUACACUUAUAGGCAUAAUUUUGGGGCGCAGUCUGAUAAAGUGUGACUCACAAGACACAAAUUGGCACCAUAUAAGCUAAACGCAAAUUAGCUAUUAUUUUAAAUACUUUGUAAACUUAUUUGUGUGCUACGCUAAAUCUCGAAUAAAGUGCUACCAUCCGAGAAACUGGCUUGGUCAUCGUGAUUUUUCCGAGUAAAAGCGUACCUAGAUCAACAUAUUUUGUUGAUCCUGGAACAACAUCCGUCUGGAAAUUUAGCCUUAACCCUACCCAUAACCAUAAGUUAUCCAUAAAAUCAGAGGGAAGUGAUGAAUAACACUGAUGUGAGCCACAACUCGACAUAAGCUAAACCUGUCCCUCAAAUUUGGUCGAUCAGAUUUGGGAUAUCUGGUCAAGAUUGAUGGAUCACAUUCACCAUGGUGACCUCAUGCCAACACUCGCAUCUAUUUACCGACAGCUGAAAUACGCAUUCUCAAUAUCAUUUGCAUAGAUGUUUAAGAUUUAGCCAUAUGAAAAAAAGAAAAGGAUUAGCCCCAACCGGUGGUAGACAAGCUACAGCUUAACUCGCACAAUGCUUAAUGACGUUGUUGUAACAUUUUUUCCUUCAGGACAAUAAAAAAAUCAGAUAGGUUUUGAUGAUUUUGCCUCUGAUAAGUGAGAAUCGAUCCUGUCUCUCCUCGGAAGUUGAUAAGACAAAAAGAGGAGCCUCGAACCAUAUAAAACUAUAACUCCUUUAUCAAACACUUUCAAUGAGCUUUUAUCUUCUUUUUUACCGGGUCGGUAUUCAAUGAAAAGUGUCAGCUUUUCCACGGGGAGAGUUACUGAUCCCCCGAUUCACCUGUCUUUGUAGUAGUAUUACAACUGCAGGUGUAGCACAUAGUCGCAGGUAAACAGAGAGUGUUUGCCAAGGGCAUUGAUUUGAGCAUGGUCAGUUCUGUUCAAUUAUUGUCAAACCGCGGGGCAGUCAAAAGGAAACACGAACAGAAUCUACUGCCAGUUGACAGCUUUGUGUAAACAGUGAAAGCGAUGGUGCAGCAGGGUCACAUGGUCCCGGUGGCACACCUAUGAGGCCCUAGAGCGGCGCCAGACGCUCAGACUGCAGGUAGAGCAGAGGUCCUGAUCAGGGGCAGGGCGCUGGCUCAUGUGCUCGAGUACAGCACGGUUUCCCCGGUCUGUGGCAAUCAUGAAUCGGCAAGAGCACUAUUACUCACCUAACCAUCUGUACAAGGAAUCUUGCGCCUUCCAGAGACACCCCAACGAAGACUACUGCCAAAACCCUCCACCGUGUUUGUAUAUGAGUAGACAGACUCAGUCCGUCUACGCCUCGCCGUCAUUGGGCGCACAGGACCAGCCAAAUCUUACCGACAUUACCUCUUAUAACAUGUCGACCCGAGAUGAUCUAGCAGGGCCUCGUCUUCAUCUUCCUCAGACUCCACAGACAUCUCUACAGACGCUCGGGGGUUACGGAGACUCUCUUGACCUGUGCGGGGAUCGGAACAGAUACCAUCUUCCAUUCCCGUGGAUGAAGUCAACUAAAUCUCACUCACACGCCUGGAAAGGACAGUGGACAGGCCCUUACAUGGUAGAGGCAGAGGAGAACAAACGCACGCGGACUGCUUACACCAGAGCGCAGCUGCUCGAGCUCGAGAAAGAGUUCCUCUUCAACAAGUACAUCUCGCGCCCACGCCGCGUGGAGCUCGCGCUCACCCUCAGCCUCACAGAGAGACACAUCAAGAUCUGGUUCCAAAACCGACGCAUGAAGUGGAAAAAGGAGGAGGACAAGAGGAGAGCCAGAGGAGUGGACCCCGAACAGGAUUCCUCCAUCACGUCCGGGGAUUUGAAGGAUGAGUCGUGUGUGGCCCCGGGAACUCUAGCGGGACCGCCUUCACCCCUGCACUCGCACGUAUCUCCAGUUUCAAAAGACUCGUAAGAAAUAUGACUGUCCAAAAGAGACAUCCGAGACUGUGUCUUCAAUGCAAUCUAUCAGUCUGCCAUCGAUGAUUGGAACUAUAAGUGUGCAAAUUGUGACUUUCCAAUCCGUUCUCACAGUGACAUUUGGUCAAAUCCUGAAUAUUGGCAGUAGGGGGCGAUCUCAGUUGCGCGAGAGACGAAGCUUCUAUAGAGUCAAUUUCGUGUUUUCUGUGCAGGUUAAUCGAAAUUCAGCACGCCAUUGAAACACCAAAUGUUAGGAUAGGGCUAUAUUAUUAGACAUAGUCUAAUAAAAUUUGAAUGGCUACUCAUUUUUAUAGCUAGAUAGAAAAUAAAUAGUUUCUUAAUUUAGGGAAAUAUACCUUUAUCAUUACAACAUAAUAAUAACAAUAAUAAUAAUAAUAUUAUGUAAUAAUACAUAAUAACAUUUAGCCUAUGCAGCUAGACCUACAAACCAUGUAAUAGCAUGUGGGCAGUCAUCAAGUGUUUUAAUUUGGUGCUAACAAAAUUAAUAAAAUGGCAACCCCGUAGCCUACACUGCUGGGUUGUUUGAACCUAAAUUUGGGUCAAAU